CUGCUCCUUUCGGUUUCCCUUCCUUUUUCGGUUCAAGGAGUUCGUGCAGCUCGGGCGGGUGGACUGAGCGCGUGUUCUGGAUGCACUAUGCUGAUGUGGGCAAAUUGAUAGCAACCCCGCCCUUCCUCCUCCUCCUCCUCCUCCUCCUCUUCCAACUCUCGAAGCCUGCCUGGUUCGGAACUCUUCUCCGACCAGCCGGGGAGAGUCCGAGGGAGGCCCAGGGCUUUGCCGUCUUCCCAGCUCCAGAGACCGCCGAGCGCGGCUUCCUCGCCAAGACCUGGGAUCUGCGCGGGAGGGGCUCUCUGCGCAUCCAGCCCACCUGCAGCAUCUUCCCUCGGCAGCUUUCCCCUCCGUCACGAUGGAAAAACUGGCUGAUGCCAACUCGCAGUUUGCUCUGGAUCUUUUCCAAGAGUUGAAGGACCCAACGGGCAACGUUUUCUUUUCUCCGUUCAGUAUUUCCUCCGCCCUGGCCAUGGUCGCCUUGGGGGCCCGGGGUAACACAGCCUCGCAACUCCUGAAGACACUUCAUUUUGAGGGAGUUGAAGACCUUCAUUCAUUAUUUCACACACUCAAUACUAAAAUUAAGCGGAGCAAUGCGCCCUACAUUCUGAAACUUGCUAAUAGGUUGUAUGGAGAAACAAUGUUCAACUUUUUGUCUGAUUUCUUGACGGGCACCAAGAAUAUGUAUGAAGCUGAAUUAUCUACAGUGGAUUUCUCAAGUGCUCCAGACAAGGCGAAAAAGGAAAUUAACCAAUGGGUUGAACAGCAGACUGAAGGUAAAAUCUCUGAGUUGUUACCUGAAGGAUCCAUCAAUGAAAUGACUAAAUUGGUUUUGGUGAAUGCUGUCUACUUUAAAGGCAACUGGGAAAAGCCAUUUAAAGAAGAAGAUACUAAAGACAAGCCUUUUAGACUAAAUAAGAGAGAAAAGAAGAAUGUGAAGAUGAUGUUUUUGAAGGAGAAACUUCCUUUUCGUUAUAUCCCUGAGUGCAAGUGUCGUGUGUUGGAACUGCCAUACAAGGGAGAGGAUCUUAGCAUGAUAAUCCUUUUGCCUGAUGACAUUGAGGAUAAUUCCACAGGCCUCGAACAGCUGGAGCAACAGCUUACUUUGAAAAAACUGCAAGAAUGGACCCAGCCCCAAAAUAUGAAUUCCCGCUGGGACAUCUACGUACAUCUACCUAAAUUUCAGCUGGAAGAAAACUAUGAUCUUAAAUCUUACUUCGCAGCCUUGGGGUUAAUAGAGAUGUUUGAACGUGGCAAGGCUAAUUUGUCUGGAAUGUCAGGAUCUCAGGAUCUCCAUGUCUCUAAAAUUGUUCACAAGUCAUUUCUGGAAGUCAAUGAAGUGGGCACCGAAGCAGCUGCAGCUACUGGGGCUACAUUUGUGCCUUAUUGUCGGCCCUUGGAGGAGAAUUUUAAUGCUGACCAUCCUUUCCUAUUUUUUAUCCGUCAUAAUCCAACAAAGACUAUACUCUUCCUUGGUAGAUUUGCUUCUCCAUAAAGAGUAUCAUAAGACAUAAAACCAACUUCCAGUCUCCUAUAAAACACACGUUUGUCUGCAUGCUUGGUGGAAUUGAAUAAGUUGGGUUCCUCCAGAUCAGGGGUGUCAAACUCACGUCAUCAUGUGACAUAUUGUGACCGCCUCCUCCCUUCGCUAAACCGGGAGUGGGCGUGGCCAGUGCAUGACACGUCCAGCCCAAGGGCCAUACGUUGGACACCCCUGUCCCAGAUGUUUUCCACCUUAAGAUUUUCUUGAAUUUUCUUGAUUUUAUGUUAACAGAUCUUCUGUGACAAUUUGCUCUAAAAGGUAAUCACUAAAAGGUGUUUGAUUUCAGUUCUUUUAAUUUCCAGCUAGCUAUGAAUUCUGGGUAUUGAAGUUUGAGCUGUUUGGAAGCCGUCAGGCAAUACAAUUACUAUGCAUUGUAUUUGUAAAAUGAAUAACAUACGAAUUACUGGAAUAAAGUUGGCUUUCAUUCAA